AUGACUGUCCCCAAUUCUUGUUUCUGUCUGUCGCCGACCAGCAGCUGUCUCAUUUCAUUCACCCCCACGCUCUGCAAGAUGGCCGCCGCAAUCAAGGCAAUCAAUGCAAAGAUCCGGUCCAACAAGGUCGCCGACUAUGUUUGCUCAACACACUUCUGGGGCCCCGUCUCCAACUUCGGUAUCCCCGUUGCGGCGGUGAUGGAUACACAGAAGGACCCUGAAAUCAUCUCCGGCCAAAUGACCGGCGCCCUGGUCAUCUACUCCGCAACCUUCAUGCGCUACGCCCUCGCCGUCUCUCCUAAGAACUACCUUCUCUUCGCUUGCCACGCCAUCAACUUCUCCGCUCAGUGUACCCAGGGAUACCGUUAUCUGAACUACUGGAAGUGGGGAGGCCGUGAAGCUAAACUUGCCGCGGAGGGAGCGCAGCAGGGUAAGACGGCUACUGAGGCUGGUGCGUAA